UUUAAUAAGGAAGAAUUAGUUGAAAAAAAUGAAAAAGUGAGUAUUGCUGGGCGAAUAUUAAGAAUAAGAAGUUUUGGUAAUUUAAUCUUUGCUAAUUUAGUUGACCAAACUGGAAAAAUUCAAUUAAAAAUUAGUAAAAAUAAAGAUUUUGCCGAGUUAGAUGUCGGUGAUAUUAUUGGUGUAAAAGGAAUUAUUUGCAAAACUGAUAAAGGGGAAUUAAGCGUCGAAGUAAAGGAAUUUAUUCUGCUAAGUAAAUGUUUAAAACCACUCCCCGACAUCCAUUAUGGAUUUAAUGAUUUGGAGGAAAGAUUUCGCAAACGCUAUUUAGAUUUUAUUAUUAAUUCUGAAAAAAGAGAAAUUUUAAUCAUUCGCCAUCAAAUAAUCCAGAACAUUCGCCAGUUUUUAGACCAAAGAGGUUUUAUUGAAAUUGAAACACCCAUUCUUGUCUCAGAAGCCUCCGGAGCCCAAGCCAAACCCUUUAUUACUUAUCACAAUAAAUUACAUAGAGAUUUUUACUUGCGAAUUGCCACGGAAAUCCCUUUAAAAAAAUUACUAGUUGGUGGAUUUGAAAAAGUUUACGAGAUUGGGAGGCUUUUUCGUAAUGAGGGCAUAGAUGCUCGGCACAACCCUGAAUUUACCACAAUUGAAGUUUACCAGGCUUAUGAGAACUCUGAAUAUAUGAUGAAUUUAACGGAAGAGAUAUUUCACUAUUUAGUCAAUAAA